AUGGCCAGUGCGAUCCCAAAGCCAGUAAAGGAGCUGUGGGAGGCAUGUAGCAUUCGUGCUACCUUGAUAUUCAGUCUCAACCUGCAAACAUUUCUCACUUUCUCUGCACCCCAAAGGAAACGCACAUCCAAAAAGGUUUUACUCUUUCUCAUUUGGUCAGCUUAUCUUCUAGCCGACUGGGCAGCCACUUUCGCCGUUGGACAAAUCGCUGAUAGCCAUGGAGAAGAUCCAAAGCCCGGAGAACCAGCCAAGAACAAAGAGCUCUUAGCUUUCUGGGUCCCCUUCUUGCUCUUGCAUCUCGGUGGUCCAGAUACAAUCACAGCUCUUGCCCUUGAAGAUAAUGAGUUAUGGCUCAGACAUCUGUUGGGUCUCGCCUUUCAAACAAUCGCAACUGUAUAUGUGUUUUUGCAGUCGUUACCAAACUCUCUCUGGAUACCCAUCUUGCUGGUGUUUGCAACCGGUGUGAUCAAGUAUAUAGAGAGGACAUUAGCCUUGUACAUUGCAAGUCUUGACAAGUUCAAGGAUUCCUUGAUCCAGAAGCCUGAUCCUGGACCCAACUACGCGAAGCUCAUGGAAGAAUACGUGGCUAAAAAACACAUGAAGAUGCCUACACAGAUCAUCACUAUUGAAGAGACUGAGAAAUAUAAAAAAUCUGGUGUUGAGGUUAGGCCUAAAGUCCUCACUCAUCUCAAGAUUCUCCAGUACGCUUAUCAGUACUUCAAUAUCUUCAAAGGUCUUGUGGUUAAUCUCAUCUUUACCUCUCAACAACGGGAUGAGAGCAAGAGGUUCUUUACCUCGCUGAAAGCAGAAGAAGCUCUAGAAAUCUUGGAAGUUGAGCUCAACUUCAUCUAUGAAGCUCUAUUCACAAAAGCUGAGAUUCUGCAUAAUCUUUUAGGUCUCAGCUUCAGGUUUAUUACCCUUGGAUGCCUUAUAGCAUCCCUCUUCAUCUUCCAAUACAAGAACAAGGACCAGUAUGAUGGAUUUGAUGUUGGCCUUACUUAUGCAUUGUUGAUAGGUGGAAUAGCUCUGGAUACCAUCUCUUUCCUCAUGUUCUGUGUAUCUGACUGGAAUUUUGUCAGAUUGAGAAAGAUGGAGGACGAUCUACAAGUUGCCGACAACUGGUUCAAGAAGAUUCUAAACCGGAUCCUCUGUUUUAUGGAAUACAAAUGGUCCAAGAAGGGUGAAGAGUUUGUAUAUAAGCAUAGAGUGCUCAACACUUCUUUUAUGGCACGCAGAUGGUCUGAGAACGUACAUGCACACAACCUGAUUGAAUAUUGUCUAGGGAUAAGCCAGAAGCGCCAUAACCCUUUUGAUUGGCUUGUAAGGAAAAUAAGAUUCUGCAAGAGACAAGUAGAAUAUGGAUGGUCAACUAGAAUUUAUCCUUGGAUAAGACGGUGGUUGGCGAUGCAUAGGGUGAGAGAAGAGCAUUUUAGGCGGUGCAUGUAUUGCAUAUUGUUCAUUCCUUGUCUUCCUGGACGUCUGAUAAAAAAAAUUAUAGACUUAUUAGGCAUCCAAGCUCAGCUAGAGGAGAUGGCAUUCACAUCCAGUGAUCGCCUCUCACUGGAUCUGUGGGAGCACAUAUUCACAGAGGUGAAAAACAAAUCUCACUUUGCUGGAGACUCAGAAAGUGCCAUGAGGGUAUCUUCGGCUAGAGGUGACUGGACUCUUCAAAAUGUACAAGGAGAAGAAGGAGAAAAAACACGUGAGAAACUGCUACGGUAUGUAAAGGCAAUGGAUUUUGAUCAGAGCCUUCUUGUGUGGCAUAUUGCCACUGAACUCUUAUACCAAACGGAACAAGUCACUGAAGAUAACCAUAGUUACCGUGAGUUCAGUAAAACCCUUUCGGAUUAUAUGGUCUACCUCAUAAUGAUGCAACCCAUCCUGAUGUCAGCUGUUUUGGGUAUCGGAAAGAUAAGGUUCAGGGACACGUGUGCAGAAGCCAACAGGGUUUUUUUUGGAGAAGGGAGAUCGAAUAAGUCUUAUCAAGGAUACUCAGACGCAAAGUCAGCUAGCUGGAUACUUUUAUCUGUGGCAGUUCCAGCAAAUGCUGAACCUAUCGACGUGAAAGGUGAUCGAAGUAAGUCUGUGCUGUUUGACGGUACCAAGCUGGCAAAAGAGCUUAAGGGUUUAGUAAAGGGAGAAACAGGCGAGACAACAUACAUGUGGGAAGUAGUGAGCAAAGUGUGGGUUGAAUUGCUUUCUUAUGCAGCAACUAAGUGUGGCGCUGUUGAACACGCAGCUCAGCUAAGCAAAGGUGGAGAGCUCAUCAGCUUUGUCUGGCUAUUGAUGGCUCAUUUGGGACUAGGGGACCAAUUCCAGAUCAACCAAGGAGAUUCCAGAGCCAAAAUGAUUAUAGGCAAAUGA